CGCAGUACGCAGGGUCUAGUUAGCAACAUACACACCCUGAAACAUCCCAACUACAGCUAUUCCUCCACAUUUCAUUUUAUCACUUCAACAUGAAGGUAUCCAGCAUAGACUGCCGGCGCCUGAGGAAAAUAAUUCGGAAGGAGUGUGGAAAUUGUCUCAUUGUGGACUGUAGACCGUACUUCUCGUUCUCGAGCUCGAGCAUCAGGGGCUCAGUCAAUGUGAACUUGAAUUCGGUGGUGGUCCGGAGGUCCCGCGGGGGUCCGGUACCGCUUCAGUUCGUCAUUCCAGACGAGAAAGCUCUGUUUCGCCUUCGCGAGGGCAGCAUCUCCGCGGUCGUGGCUCUAGACGACCGAACACCUCAUUUACAAAAACUGAAAAAGGACAGUAACGCUCAGAUAGUAAUAAAUACGUUAUCGCACUUGGCGAGUAGCGCGAGCAUCUGCUUCUUGAAAGGAGGCUUCGAGUACUUCCAUUCACAGUACCCCGAGCUUUGCACUGAAACCAAGUCUGUGGACCUGAGUGAACACGAAAGUGAAAGAGGUGUCAACAGUCACUGUGACAAACUGGGUUCUCACCACAAACCAGACUAUGAUCAGGGACGACCAGUGGAGAUCCUGUCUUUCUUGUACCUGGGCAGUGCCUAUCAUGCCUGCAGACAGGACUAUCUCAGUGACCUCCACAUAACAGCGCUACUGAAUGUCUCGCGCCGGGACUCACGGCCCGCUAAAGGACAGUACGAUUACAAAUGGAUUCCCGUGGAAGACAGCCAUACUGCUGACAUCAGCUCACACUUCCAAGAGGCCAUAGAAUUUAUUGAACGUGUAAAACAGGAGGGCGGUAAAGUGCUGGUCCACUGUGAGGCUGGAAUCUCUCGCUCUCCCACUAUCUGCAUGGCGUACAUCAUGAAAACCCAACAGCUGAGGUUAGAGCAGGCCUUCGACCUCAUCCGUCAGCAGCGUGCGAUCAUCUCGCCCAAUUUUAGCUUUAUGGGUCAACUACUGCAGUUCGAAUCCGAGGUAAUCUCUUCCACGCCACCAUCCGCUACACCGCCUGAAGCCUCUGCCAUCCAGAACACGCCCACCUUCUUUAACAGUGACUUCACAAUUGAAAGCGGGACUUUUGAGUCUUCGGUUUUCAAAUUCCCUACCUCCUUUCUAACACCAAUGCCCAUCCAACCAUCGGUUCACCAGUUCAAACUGAGUCCAAUAACUGCGCUGCCUUAAAACGGUUGCCCGACUCACUGCAGUCUCCGAGUACUUGAAAAAUCAAAGGACAGAUGAACAGAACAAAGCAAUGGAAUAUUUGACAGGGAAUAAAAUGCUUAAGUUUUAAUAUUUAAAAACAAUGUGUGACCAGUCAUGAAAGACAGUGUUUUCUUAUUGAUUUUGUUUGCCUUAGAGAAUAUCAAUGCAAUACCUGCCUUAGCUCGAUGAUGUACUGCCUGUCAACAGUGCAUAGAUAGGCACAAUUAAAUUAUUAUUAUUUUUUUUUUUACAAUUUCUUUUUUAUGAAUUGUGAAUCUGUUAAUAAAUGAUUUUACAG